AUGACCAACAUUCGCAAAACCCACCCCCUAUUAAAAAUUGUUAACCACUCCCUAAUUGACCUUCCUGCUCCAUCAAACAUCUCUGCCUGAUGAAACUUUGGCUCUCUACUAGGCCUGUGCCUUAUAAUUCAAAUUUUCACUGGCCUAUUCUUAGCCAUACACUACACCUCUGACACAACAACAGCAUUCUCAUCAGUAACCCAUAUUUGCCGAGAUGUUAACUAUGGCUGACUUAUCCGAUACCUCCACGCUAACGGAGCAUCUAUAUUCUUUAUUUGCCUCUACAUACACGUAGGCCGCGGAAUCUACUAUGGAUCAUACACAUACCUAGAGACCUGAAACAUUGGCAUCAUCCUCCUAUUCGCAGUAAUAGCCACAGCAUUUAUGGGUUAUGUCCUCCCAUGAGGACAAAUAUCAUUUUGGGGAGCAACCGUAAUCACUAACCUCCUAUCAGCAAUCCCAUAUAUCGGAACAACCUUAGUUGAAUGAAUCUGAGGAGGAUUUUCAGUUGAUAAAGCCACUCUUACCCGAUUCUUCGCUUUUCACUUCAUCUUGCCAUUUAUCAUUGCAACUUUAGUCUUAAUUCACCUCCUCUUUCUACAUGAAACUGGCUCCAACAACCCCACAGGAAUUCCUUCAAACUCAGAUAAAAUCCCUUUCCACCCCUACUACACAAUCAAAGACACCCUAGGUUUCCUUGUAGCCAUUCUUCUCCUCCUUAUUUUAGUCCUAUUUUCACCAGACCUAUUAGGAGACCCAGACAACUACACCCCUGCCAACCCCCUUAAUACCCCUCCCCAUAUCAAACCAGAAUGAUACUUUCUAUUUGCCUACGCUAUCCUACGCUCUAUUCCAAAUAAACUCGGAGGAGUCCUAGCUCUAGUCCUAUCCAUCCUUGUUCUAGCCUUCAUCCCAUUCCUUCAUAUGUCUAAACAACGUAGCAUGAUAUUCCGACCCAUUAGUCAAGUCCUAUUCUGAGUUCUCGUCGCAGAUCUUCUCACACUCACAUGAAUCGGAGGCCAACCAGUAGAACACCCGUUCAUCACCAUUGGACAAGUAGCAUCUGUCCUCUACUUCACCACCAUCCUUAUUCUUAUACCCCUCGCAAGCCUAAUCGAAAACAAAAUCCUCAAAUGAAG